UUUCUGUACUACUAACAACAGGGCACCGCGUCGAUUCGUGCUUUCCCAACCUAUUCAGCACCACGAUCUCGCCUUCCCACGGCGUGAUUUUCGGUCUUGCAACCCUGGAGCCUUCAUAAUGGCACCGAGGAAGGCUGUAAGCCCAGCGAAACCUCGCCGCAUCACCCGCGCCCGAGCAGCUGAUGCCGACACCGCUGCCACGACAAACACCGAAGAAACAUCCAAGCGCCGAACCACCAAGACCUCCGCUGUUCCCACCACGAGCCGAGCACAGGCCCUCGAGGCAAAAUCCCGAGUCACCAAGAAGUCAUCAUCGACAGCAGCGAGUAAAGCGACAAAGGGCGGACGAGCAAACACGCGGUCCGCCAAGGCCGUGGCUGCAGUAAAAGAAGAUGAAAGUGAUCAUGACGAUGACGAAGAGGAAGAAGUGAUGGAAGUCACAGUCACCAAGCCACCAGUCAAGCCAUCGAGGACAUCUACGCGGAGCACUGCAAAGGCUUCGGUUCCAGCCGCGACUGCUGGUCUUGCGGCGGCACCUAGACGACGAGUAAAGGUCACGCCCUUAAUUCAGAAUGACCCUCACCCCGAACCUGUCGCGCCGCCGCAUGCGGAAGAAGCCAUGCCGGAAAAGAAGCCAACUGCAAAGGCAAAGAAGGAAAAGGCUACCCCAGAAGUCACAAAAGCAGCCACUUCACGAAGUAAGAAAGAAACUGCUGUUGGCAAACACAGCAAGGACGCAAACGUGGAGAAUACAGACCCAGAACCCAAGAAGCGAGGUCGAGGUCGAACCGCGAAGCACGACCUACAGCCGGAAGAGGAGCCGACGCAGGAGUCCACGUCUGCAGUAUCCAAGGCACGGGGACGGCCGAAGAAGGAGAAGAUUCCUGCACCAUCAGUGGAAGAGAUCAAACCUGCACCGAUCACUACCAGACAGACUCGAGCGAGGGCCGGAUCUACGAACUCAUCUGUCGUCGCAGAACCUGCGGUCAGUGUAGUGGUCCCUUUGAAGAAGAAGGUGACUUUCGAGGCUCUUCCGGAGGAUGACGAUGAGAAAGAGAACAAGCGUCCCAGAACCAUGGCCAAGUCCAAGAGCACAAAGCCAACUGCCGCUAAGAAGACGGAGACGGCAGCCACCGGCAUGCGUGCUAAACCGAUUCGUAAGCCUGCCACUACGAGAACGACGAAAGCCACUCGAGGAGCGGGUGCAACCAAAGCACAGGAAUCCAAACCUCAGGCAGAAGUCGAGAACACUGGGAAGAUCCAGCCUCGUGCAUUAACGCCCAAGAAGAUUACACAAGUCGCAAAGGCCAUGCCCGUGGAUAGUGACGAUGAUGAGGAAGAUGAACUUGCUGGAGCUAAGACUCCAGUCCGCGAUCUCAGCCUCUCACCCAGGCGUGGACUCGCAGCUUCAGCGACACGACUGUUGUCGCCGGUAAAGAAGCUUGACUUUUCACCCGCACUCCAUUUGGCAUCUCCUCAGAAGAACGACGCAUCGCAGGGUUUUGGCAUGCUGAGUCCGCCGCGGCGACCAGCAUCUCCAGUCAAGGACUCGUUGAAGGAGUCACCUCGUCGAGCGCCUGAGGGCGUUACAGUUUUCCGAGCCAACGUGCCAGACGUCCAUGGCACUGCGUCUCUGAUUCUGGACCCUUCCAAUACCCAGUCCAUUCUUCACCAAUCUCCAAAGAGAGGUCUGUCGGAUAGAAUCGUCUUUCCCCCAUCUGCCGUAAAGUCGCGAGCCACCCCACUCAAGACCUCUUUGUUGUCUUCACCUGCUCGACGCCUCUUCUCGACUUCAAAGCAGAGGACGCCCGCUCAGAUAUCACCAUCGUUCAGGAAGACUUCCGAGCAAGAAUCCCCGGAAUCGCCAGCGCAUGGCGAGGCAGGACUGCAAAGCGAAGAAAGGGAAGAAGUCGCAGUGUCCUCGCAUUUCAGAUCUUCUGUUUCACCUCAGCGGUCUGCCAGGGUGUACAGACUAAGCGAGGAUGAGUUGGCCGAGGAACUCGACGCCGAGGUGGAUUUUGACCAGUCCGUGCUAAAUAUCAGGAGUCCUCUCAAGAUGGACAAGCUCAAGCCCGUUGUUGAGACUCCAGCGGAGGAGAUGGUUGUGGAUGAUUCGCCCGUUGAGGAAGAUGUUCGCUCACUUGUGGAGGAAAAUGACUAUGAAGAAAGCGUCGAAGCUGAUGGUGCUGAUAAUGCAGCUCCAGUUCCCGCGGUUGACGCAGACGAGACCAUCUUGGAUCCCGAACUUGAAGCUAGUGACACUUCUGAUGAGGAGAGUACAUCGCACAACGUUGAGCCCCGUGACGCCCAGAGUCACGCUGUUGAAGUUUUGCAACAAACCGUUGAGAGUUCUGUCAAAAGACCCAAAUUGUCGGACGCUCUGUUCAGCCGCCUUCGACAAAUCGAUGACGAGUCUGAAGAUGAGCUUGCUGGAGAUCAGACACCAGACAAUCGACUUUUCAAACCUAUUUUCAGACCUAGCAUGAGCGGUGCUGCAAUCCGCUCUCGCGUCUCGACUGGAGUUGUCCCAGAGAGCGCAUCGAAAAACCUGGGCUUCACUCCUCUGGCGGCACAAGUCCAAGGCUGGCGCGCUGCCAGUCCCGAGAAGAAGAGCGCUGCUGCUUCCAAGGCACGGAGCCUGUUUUCCCCUGUCGCUCAGAUGCACAUUGCUGGCUCGGUCGAGCUGAGCAGGCCAGACACUCCAGGCCAUGAAGCUUCGAAACGAAAGUCAAUCGCCAACAGGUAUUCCCUGGCUCCUUCAAUGGUCGACAGCCCCACGAGACCAGACUUUUUUGCGGAUGGAAUGGCUGCGCGAGACUUUGAAGAUCAGGUAGAAGCCGAUGCUGCUGGGGACGACGAGGAUCUUCACAACUUGAUUCCACAAGAUAUUCCCGAGCACAACGCUGCUGACGAAGUUGGCGAUGAAAUUGGGGCAACCUCAGGAGAAGAUCGGGCGCAAUCAAACGCAGAGUUGACGACCGACCUGGUCAACUUUACCAAUGCGUCUGAUACUGCUAUGGUCGAUUUCAAAGCUCUAGCAGAUGAAGCUGAAGAUCUCGCAGCUCACGAAGGACACGAGGAAGUGUCUGCGGAUGAGCAGGAGGCCAACGUCACCGUUCCUACUCUUAUACUCGAGACGGUGAACGAAGAGCAAUCUAUGCUAUCGAUGUCAACUUCUUCCGGAUCGUAUGGUGAUGAAAACACAGCUCCCGUCGAGGGUCCUACUGCAGAGGUGUCCGAUACCGACGAAACGGAAGAAUUGCCUACUGAGGAGAGCGCUGAAUGCCACGCCAAGGUGAUCGAUGAACCCGAAGAACAUCAUGACAAUGAUGGCCACGGCAUUCCUGAGCAUACAGAGGAAAACGAAGACGACAUCGACGCCGCAUUGGACACCGAAGACCAGUUGUUUGAAGUCACGGCAACCAGCAUAGAGACCUCGCCUUUCAAGGACGACAGCACUCCAGCGAACAUGCCCUGUGCCAUUGAGGAAAUGGAUUUCAGUGUGACACCGGUCCGCCCAGAUCCAAGUCUCCCGAGAUAUGUCCAUACAGUGGUGUCGAAGGUCCCGCUUCGGCCUGAAGGAAUUGUCCCUCCUACUUCGUCGCCGCUCAAGGUGCAGAGAAAGAGACCAAGGUCGCUUUCCUCUUCGCACGUACAAGCCGUCAAAAGACAGAGCUUAGGUCCCAGCUUGGGCGCUCCCUCAUUUGACAUGGACCCUCUCGCGACCCCGAAGGCGAAUGUUGCGUCGGUCAUAUCGCCUCAGAGGCGCAUCCGCAGUGCAGCACCCAGUCCAGCAAAUUCACUCGCCUCGGGAUUGACGACACCUGGUCAAACGAGCUUCAACGUUGAGGACUUCGGCAACAGCACUCUUGACGGGAUCGACUUGCCGGAGGACGAACUGACGUCCGAUGAUGUUGAGGAAACAGAGACUGCUUAUCAGGACGAGAGCUUCCUGACUAUCGGCUCCACCUUGUUCAGGACACCAGCAGCCACAUCGAAGAGAAGCAGCUUUGUUCCUUCUACCGCACAGUCACAAGCAACCACAACACCUCGCUACGCGAUGAGCACAAAGUCAAGCACUAGCCGGGUCACUGCCACUCCGAAAUUCACGCCCUCAAAGGGAGCUGCUGCCGCGUCCAAGACGCCUGCCACUAUCACCAGAGCCAAAACUCCUAGCACUUCAAUGAAGCCAAAGUCUGUGGCGAAGACUCCACAAACCGGCCGGAACCCCUUGAAACCGGUCGGAAGCGGGGUUCUUCAUGGAGCAAUUGUCCAUACCGAUAUCCACACCAGCGAAGGUAUGGAUGCUUCGGCCUUCUACAUCGACCUGCUCACAUCUAUGGGAGCGCGAGUGGUCAAAGAGUGGAGGUGGAAUCCGAGAGCCAGCAUUGCUUCUUCUAACCAGGACUCUAAUGACUCGGAGGCAUUCAUUGCAAACGUCGGCAUAACACAUGUCGUCUACAAGGAUGGUGGAAAGCGCACGUUGGAAAAAGUCCGCUCAGCCAAAGGACAAGUGCUUUGCGUUGGGGUUGGCUGGGUUCUGGACUGCAUGCGAGAAGCCAAGUGGCUUGACGAGUCCGCAUACGCUGUCGAUGCAAGCAUCAUGCCUCGCGGUGGAUCCAGGAGACGCAAAUCCAUGGAGCCCAGAAUGCUCGUCAACGACAAUGGCCUUCUGUCUGCAAGCAAGGAACACCAACGCCGAAGCCUCUCUGCGGAGUACACGAGCUUGACUGGGCAGAUGAAGAUGGAGCUGAUCAACACGCCCGUCAGGGGUAACGAGGUAUUUGGAGGUGUUGAGCCUCUCGGAAACGGCGUCGAGGUAGGAGACGAAUCGGAGAUUAGUUCGACGUACAACUCUCCAACCGCAGCAACGGUCUGGGGAGGUGGCGAUACUGCCGACGUGGGUGUUCUGAUGGCCCAGCAGGAGAAUCAGACGCCUGCUUCAGUCGAGUCCAAAAAGGCCACCGCAGACAUGUCGACUCCAAAGUCCGUUUCCUUGGACGUGGACUACGAUCCUCGCACGGCCGCCACGCCGCUGACUCCUUACCUCAUUGCCAAGGGACAAGAGUUAGUGCAGAUGAGCGCUCCGCCAAAGCAGAUCAACAAGAGCAUCUUCGAUCGAGACGACGACGAUGAGAGCGCUGCUGCGGAGAAAGGACUAGCAAAUGGCGGCAAGAAAUUCCAGGUCAAGAUGCAAGGCAAAUCGGGCAAAGGGUUGCUGGAUGCCAGGAGGAAGACUCUUGGUGUUGCUGGAAUGGGCUUUCAACCUCGUUUUGGGAGUCCCUUGAGAAAGGAGUGAUGCCAUUUUGACUGCUGUCUGGUGGUGAGGACCUGUUUGAUGUGGUUAUUCUUUGGUGGGAAGCAUGGAAUGAAGUAUAGAAAGUCACUCGGGUCUUGCAAACGGAGGUGUCGUGUGAGUGGAAGGCGAUUCUGUGACUUCGGCGUUAUGGUUACGCACACAAUGUGGGUUGGACUGAUUCAUGGGUGUUAGUGGUUGGUGAUCAAUUGGCUGGUUGGACCGUGGAUGGGGAUGGAGAUUGAGACCGAACUUGAGAAUGAACAUGAAACAUGAAUAUGAAGAGCCAAAGCAGUUUGAUCAUUGA